GCUAAUCAAAGUAUUAACAUUGCUAUAAAUUAUAGUAAUACUAAUAAAACUAUUAUGAUAAGUCUGAAGGAAACUGCUAUUACUUAUGCUUCAGCUAUAACUACAUCAUGCGAAUUAGCUGUUGGGUUAACACAAGUAGUACCUUGUCUAAAAUUCACAUCUCCUUCAACUUAUGGAAAUAGGAUCAAUAUUUAUGAUACUGAUAGGAAUAAUUUGGGUAAAUCACAAAAAGCUGAUACAAAUGCUGUUAGACAGGUUGCAAUCUCUCAUAUACUUACAAAUUUUUCUGUACUAACAAUUUCACUACUCAUACCUUCGCAACUAGGGAUGG